AUGUCGCAGAAAGAGCAACACCAAAACCCGCCCGUGGAAGUAGACGACGACGAUGAACCCGACGACUGGGACAAGCGGAUCUUCAGUACGGGCUGCGCAGUCGAGCAGGAUAAGAUGAACGACUGCUAUUUUGCCAAAAAGGACUGGCGCAGUUGCAAGGACGAGAUGGAGGCUUUCCGCGAGUGUUGGAAACGUCAGGGCAACGACCAGCGCACGCAGACCAAGGAUGCGUAA